AUGCUUCUCAACAAGUCACAUUUCCAGAAAGUUUUCCCGCUGCCAGAAAUACCCACAGAUAACGAUACUGAUCUGGCUUCAAACUGGUUGUUGAAUCACGAGCAUAAGGAACCAACUACGCGUGUGAAAACUGCUCUAAAGAAUGUGCUAGCCUCGGGUGCCCUAUGGCCUAUAAUAUUACAAUACAUUGAACAGAUGAGGUCUCAAAUAUUGGCGCUGGAUUUCGAAAAUGUUCGUCAAGUUGAACGUACAAGAAGAUUCUUUAUGUUCCCAUUACAUUUCAUCACAUUAGAAGAUUAUGAAGCUAACCAAUUCUUACGUGCCUUGGACUCUCUCUUGAGAUUCAAAAGUGGGAAAUUUGCACUAGAUGAUAAGUUUUUUUCUGAAUCAAUAGGUCUAGAUACUACUGAAUAUGAUAAUUUACAAACUGAGAAAUCAUUAGUCGAACAAAUUAAACAACAUGCUGGUAUAUGGAAUGUUAGUUUUGCUGAGAAAUAUGAAGAGAUUGAUCUCUCUCAAAAAGAACUUGUUUCACUAAGGAUAAAUGAAAUAUUAGAUAUAGUGAAAAGUUAUCCAGAAUCAAUACCUGCAUUGAAUGAUAUUCGUCAAUUUCUAGAUCCAUCACAACGGCUACAAUUGGUUAAUGAAUUUACAAAAAAUUGCAAUAGAUAUCUUUUACAUGCUGGGUCUAAUACUGAUGAUAUAAUAUUAUGUUAUAUUUCAACAAUCAGAUCAUUUUUAAUUGUUGACCCAAGAGGUGUUCUCUUGGACAAUGCUUCUAGACCUAUAAGAAGAUACCUCAAAGACCGAUCAGAUACAAUUCCAUUGAUAGUUGAUGCUUUAAUGAACCCUAGAAAAGAAAAUAAGUUAUCUGUUCUUGCAGAUGAGCUCAAAAUGGUAACACAGAUUCCUGUAAAUGAUUUACAUUUACGUUGGUACCCAGAUCCUAUUGAUGCACUUCCAGAUUUCAAAAAACAAGAUAUAAUAGAAUCACUAAUAUCCAUAUUUGACACUAAAGAGGUGUUUGUUACUGAAUUUUCUCAUGUUUUUGCUGAUGAAUUAUUAUCCUUGAAAUCUUUUCAAUUUUAUGAAACUUCAAGGAAAUUGGAUUUACUUAAAAGUAAAUUUGGUGAAGGUGAAUUUAAUAACUUAGAUGUUAUGAUUCGAGAUAUUUUGGAUAGUAAACUGACAGAUCACAAAGCACAUACUUUGGAUCGAAGUAUUUCUAGAGAUGUUCAAUUUACCAUCCUAUCCUAUAUGUAUUGGCCAGAUCUUCCAGAAGAUGAAUUUCAAGUUCCAGAGAGUAUAAAACCAACCUUGAAACAAUUUGAAGACCAAUUCCGUAUAAUAAGGCCAGGGAGAAAAAUGAAGCAAACAAAGUUAGGUUCUGCAACGGUUCAACUUCAACUGGAUAAUAAAACUUUGAAAUUUGAAGUUUCGCCUCCUGAAGCUGCGAUUAUAAGCUUGUUUCAUAAUUCAUCAGGUUUAAGUUUGGACCAUGUAUCUUCUUCUUUGAAAAUGGGUACUGAAUUAGCUGAAAAAUCACUUUCAUAUUGGGUUGAUCAGUCUGUUCUUAAGUUUGAGGAUGGUUUAUAUCAUGUGUUAGAAAAUCAAAAAGAUUAUCCGCCAGCUAAUAAUCAUAAUAAAGUAAUCCCUGAGACCAAAGCUUCAAAAUCAACAGAAAUAAAUACCAACUAUUGGCCAUUUGUUAAAGGUAUGCUUGAAAAUUUGGAAGCUUUAUCAGCUGAAAGAAUUUAUUCAUUUUUAAAGUUGUCCUUUUCAACUGAAAAAACUUUUGGUCAAUCACCUACAGAUGUUAGAGAUCAACUAAAUACCUGGGUGACUGAAGACAGGCUAGACUUGGAAGAUGGACAAUAUAAACUUAAAAAUUUCAAAUGA